GUCGUCGUCGUCAUCGUUUGUUGUCGUCGUCGUCCGUCGUCGUAUUCCAUGCCUCGAGUAUCCGUCCUUCGACGUUCAUCCCUCGCCACAUGCCGCCCCGUUUCCGCCCUUCUCCGUGCGGCGCGCAGACUUUCCACGGCCAGCCCAAGUACUGCAGCCUGCAGAGGAUGCAGGAGGUGGGGCAUCAGGUGCGGAGCAUUGCAGAGGAAUUGGAGGCGGAGAGGCACGCCAGGCAGGAGAACUCGGAGCACCUGCUGGCGGGGCUGGACGUGGAGAUCCGGAAGGCCCGGGAGACCCUACAGGCGUCGCAGCGGCAGCGCUUCCAGACCGAGGGAGAGAACAUGCGGCUGGUGGAGGACAUCAGUGCAGAGCUGGAGGGGCUGCUGCGGCAGGAGAACAGCCAGCGCGAGGCCGUCCAGGGGAAGCUGCUGAGCCUGCUGGAGGAGAUCUGCAGCCGCAUCGAGAAUUCUUUUUGCGGCGGCCAAGCAGAUCUGCCGGGCCUGCGGCAGAUGCGGAGGCUGUCGGCCGCCUCCGCCGACCUACACGACGCGCGCGAGCAGGUGUCCGAGGUGCGGCGCAGGCUCGGCGGCUUCGAGCCGCACUCGCAGCCAUUCGUGCAGACGUCCUUCGCUCCCUCGCUGGCCGAGCCCGUUGCGUCCCGACAGCGCCCCUGAGACUGGGCGACGGCGGCCCACGCGCGCUGCGCGGUGGGUGUGUGGGUGUGUGUUUGCGUUUGUGUGUGUGUUUGCGUUUGUGGUUGUGUGUUGUGUGUUCGUUUGUGUCUGUGUUUGUGUUUGUGUUUGUGUUUGUGCA